AGGGAUAAGACAAUCCCGUUGCUCUCGUUUUUAAUUUGCGAUGAGCGAUAACCCUAACAGGGUUGAAACCAUUACCGUUCAGGUUAGUCUCUAAUCCCUAAUCCUGGAAAAUCUUAUCCCCAAAUUUGCAAACACCCCUCUUUUCUUGUUCCUGUGAUCUCCCUCCCCAGAUUCCAAGAGUAUGGGCAAGCGAGCAGAAAAUGGCGGGGAUCGUUUGAGGACGAUUUGGACGCCUGAAAUGGAUAGGUUUUUCAUCAAUCUCAUGUUACAGCAAAUAAGCAAAGGAAAUAAGUUUGAUGAUCACUUAUUCAGCAAAAGGGCGUGGAAGCAAAUGUCUGCAUUGUUCAAUUCAAAUUUUAAAUUUCAAUAUGAGAAGGACGUUCUGAAAAAUCGGUACAAAACACUCAGGAACCUGUACAGGGCGGUGAAGAAACUCCUUGACCAGGAAGGAUUCAUCUGGGAUGAAAGACGACAAAUGGUGACUGCUGAAAAUAAUGUCUGGGAUGAAUAUAUUAAGUUACACCCGGAUGCACGGUCAUUUAGAAUCAAAACCAUUCCAUAUUAUAAUGACUUGUGUUUGAUAUAUGGAAAGAAAACAGCUGAAGGAAAAGUAUCAGGUGACACGGAACCACAAAUGUCCGAGGAUUUGGUUGAGAAUAAGAUCACAACUGUUGUUCAGCCGCAAAUUGUUAGUGAGGCAUCUCCAGGAGCCCUGAAUGAAUUUAAAGAUGCUGAAGCUCACCAAAUUUGUUCUUCAAAGGGAGUAGCUGAUACUCCAAAUGUAGGAGGAUCAAGCACUCGUUCUAGGACUUUUUGGCAACCACCAAUGGACCGUUAUUUCAUUGACAUCAUGCUGGAGCAACUAGUAAAAGGAAAUCAGAUUGACGGUGUAUUCCCCAAACAUGCGUGGAUGGAGAUGAUGGCGGCGUUUAAUGCUAAGUUUGGUUUCAACUAUGAUGUGGAUAUUCUAAAAAAUCGAUACAAAACUCUGAGAAGGCAACAUAAUGCCAUAAAGAAUCUUCUUGAAGUGGAUGGAUUUAUUUGGGAUGAAACUCGUCAAAUGGUGACUGCUGAUGACUCGCUCUGGCAAGAUUAUAUCAAGACACAUACAGACGUGCGACAGUUUAUGACUCGACCUGUUCCCUACUACAAAGACUUGUGUUUGAUAUGCGGCGACUCAAAUGUUGGCGAAAAUGAUGGCUUUUCCAUUCAAAAUCUAGAGCUGCAAAAUGGUCUUCAGUUUGAAAUCCUUUGUGAAGAAUCAAUGAGUCAUGAGUCUCUGGCCGCAACAAGUUCCAGUGAAGAUGAAGCAGAUAAUGAACCAGGGCCAGCAUAUGGUGAUUUGAAAGCUGACAUACCUAAUAGGAAAACCAAAAGCAAGCCAGAUAAAUGCUCUCCAUCUCCCAAAAAAUUACGGGCGGAAGAUUGGGGGUGGCAUACUGCUCUACGUGAGAUGACAAAUGCUGUAUAUUCAUUAGCAGAUGAGAAGAAAAUCGAUGAGAAUUCAAAAUCAGCGUCGAUAGAGACUGCGAUUAAAGCAGUUCAAGCUCUGCCGGACAUGGACGAAGACCUUAUACUGGAUGCCUGUGAUCUCCUUGAGGAUGAAACAAAAGCAAGAACGUUUUUAGCAUUGGAAGUUAAGCUGAGGAAGAAAUGGUUGUCGCGGAAGCUUAGGCCUCUGUCCUAGUCUUCUUAAUUCCUCCCCUAUGGCCAAUGCAUCGGAUUCAAAUUCCUUUUGGCUUGCUUAUGACUCAGAUUGGGUCUGGGCCCAUAACUUUUCUGCUUAGUAGUUACUAGUUAGUACCUAGUAGUAGGCUAGUAGCAAGGUGGUGUAGCCAGUUUGGGCUUUUACUCAAUCUCGGCCCAUGCCUACCCUUCUGGGUGCAGAAUGAGCUGCAAUGACUGCCCUGGGCCCACGCUUUCUUGAAUAAUUGUAUGAAUCAAAAGAUUUUUAUUUUCUUAAUUGAAGGGGCAGAUACUCGAUA